CCCAGCCCUGUCCCUUCUCCCUCCAGCCCAGACCCUCGGCCUUGCUGGGGCCCAGACCCCCCAGCUCCUUGUGGAACCCCCUUGGACGCCGCCGGUGGUGUGGGACCAGGUGACACUGACCUGCCAGGGCUUGGGGACUGCCGGUGCCACCACCUGGUACAAGGACGGGCAGCGCUGGUGGCAGGAGAGACACGACCGCCUCAAUGUCACAGAGAGUGGCACCUACGAGUGUGACAGACCUGGCACUGGGCUUAGCCCCGCUGUGACAGUCUUAGAUGGUGAGGGGGAUCUUAAAUGGUCUGGGUGGCCCCUGACAGGUCUGGGUGGGCUCCACUCUGUGGGUGGCUUCACACCCCUCGUGUGGCAGGAGCCUGUGCCCUGCACACAGGGACAUCCCAGUGCAUCCCAGUGCACCCAGAUGUCCCCAGUGCCAUGGGGACCCACCUCUGACCUUUCCCAAGCCCCUCAGUAAGAUGGGACCCUCCUGUCCCACAGAUGAUCUGGUGCUGCAGGUGCCAGCACGGGUGCUGCUGGAGGGGGACACGGUGACACUGCGCUGCCGGGGGCGGUGGAACAGCCCGGUAACCAAGGUGCGAUUUUUCAAGGAUGAGAAUAAUCUGACGAGGCCCCUUAAUGCGACCGAGCUGUCCCUGUCCCCCCUCCAGCUGAACCACAGCGGCAGCUACCGCUGCAAGGGCUGGGUGAGGUCCUGGCCGUCAGGGUCAGCAGCAGUGACAGUGACAGUGCACGUGCCCGUGGCCAAUGCCACCAUCACCCCCGGUCCCCUGUCACACCAGGUGCAUGCAGGUGACCCUGUGACACUGCGCUGCUUAGUGCAGGUGGGCUCAGCCCCUGUCACCUUCUCCUGGCUGCACAACGGGCAGGAGGUGGCCCGGGGUCCCCUUCUGGAGUUCAGGGCCACCAAUGUGGGACAUUCAGGCACCUACCAGUGCAUGGCCACCAACCAGGCAGACGAGCAUCGCGUGUUCCGGGCACUCAGCCCAGAGCUGGUCCUGGAGGUGACACCGUGGGAUACAGGGACACACAGGGAUGCAGUGGCUUCAGGGUAUGGUGGGGCCCUUUUGUUCCUGCUCCUGCUCGUGGGUGUCAUUGUGGCCUGGCACCGGUGGCACCGUGUGGCUGCCAGGAAGAAUCAGGAAAGGGCCCCCCCAGAUCCCCCGGCCCCCCCAGAGGAGGGGGAGGUGCUGUACACCCACGUCGUGGUCACCAAGAGGGCAGCAGUGUCCCCCCGUGCCACCACCCUCCAGGAUCCCCAGGUGACCUACGUGGAACUGCAGGGACCCCAGGGGCCACCGCGGGAACCCGGUGACAUCUACAAGAAUGUGCUGUGACACUCGGGGGAACUGGGGGGCACUGGGGGUCCCCACCCAUGGGCACCCACUCGUGUGUGUGCUGCCACCAAAACUGCCCCUUUCCUCCCUGUGGAGGCAGAAAGACCACAAAGGGCUGAGAAAAGAACAAUUUCCUGCAACAGCAACGAGAGAGAAUAAAACCAACAGCAACUGCAACAAGGUUCAGAGUCCAAAGGGUCACAAAAAGGAACAA